UUCCCCCUUUGACCCUUUGUUUCCGUUUCCUUCCCAAAUCCUCCAUCAUCAUCUCCGCUGGGGCGGAAAAUAUGGACGAUACCGAAACCGCUACAAACUCAGCACCUCCACCAAACCCUAAUCCAUUAAAGAACGAACAAACCCUAGACGGCGACGGUGACGUGUCCUAUCCUUCAUAUUUCCAGUGCUGCGUCUGCCUGGACCUACUCUACAAGCCAAUUGUUCUGGCAUGUGGCCAUAUUUCAUGCUUUUGGUGUGUACACAGGGCCAUGCAUGGUCUGCGAGCAUCACAUUGUGCUGUAUGCAGGCAGCCAUAUGUUCAUUUUCCUGGCAUAUGUCAGCUACUCCACCAUUUGUUACUGAAAAUGGAACCUGUAGCCUACAAAAGAAGGGAAGUUGAAGUAUUGGAGGAAGAAAAACGUCUCAAUGUAUUUUCUCCUCAGUUUGAGAACUCUAUGAUCACUGAAGAGGACUCAGAUGCUUCAGAAGAGAUUCAAAAAUCUACUGAGGAUCUUAAAGCUAGCAAAGUUAUAACAUCUAAAGAACCUUGCCCUCCAGAAACUGGUCCUGAAAUCGGAAAGCACAAGCAAGUUUCUGUGGAUGAUGUGUUAUGUGAGCUAUGCAAGGAACUGCUAUUUCAGCCAUCCGUUCUUAACUGUGGACAUGUAUUUUGUGAUACUUGUCUAUCUGAUUUAGCCAACGGGCCACUUUUAUGCCCAGCUUGCCAGAGCCCUCACCCUGGAGGCUUCCCAAAUGUUUGCUUGGAUUUGGACCAUUUCUUGGAAGAGCAGUUCCCAACGAAGUAUGCAGUGAGGAAGGAAAAGGCACAGCUUAAGAGAGUAGAAUGGCGACUUAGAGAAUCAUCAUCAAGUUCUCUGCAAGAGGGAAAAAAGGCUGAACCACAUGAUUUAAAAGACGAUCCUUUAUUUUUGGAGGAAGAUCUGCGGAAUGUUCAUAUUGGAGUUGGAUGUGAUACGUGCGGGAUGUACCCCAUUACUGGAAAGAGAUACAGAUGUAAAGAUUGCAAAGAAGAGAUAGGCUUCGACCUCUGCGAAACUUGCUACAACAGCAGUUCGAAACUCCCUGGCAGAUUUAAUCAGCGACAUACACCUGAUCACGAGUUUGAAGUAGACAAAUCACAGAUGUUGUGUAGCAUACUGUUCAGGUCUUUCGUCGAUGAUCUUCAGCAAGAGGGCUCCGUUAUUUUCCUUCCUGAUGAUCACCCACACGACCAUGGUGAUGCUGAUGAUGAUGACGACGCUGACGAAAAUAACAACGGUGCUACAGAAUAAAUACUCGGAGGUAAAAGAUAACUGUUACAUUUUUUUGUAAUCUUAGUUUCACCGGUACAUUUCUGUAAUCUUAGUUCUUUUUUAGCGUGGGUAACUGCAAAUGGAUACAUCUUGGUAAGCAUAUGGUAAAAUAUUCGUCACACGUAAAUAUUUACUGUGUGAAGUUAAUUUUCAAUCA